AUGGACGCCGACUACAGUGCAGCAGGUCCACCGUCGCAGGAGGAGCACUCCCCUCAGCCCCAUCCCUACCUCCACGAACCCCUGUUGUACAUAACAAAUCUCCCAGCUUUCGUUACAGAUGAGAUGCUGGCAGUCGCUUUCAUGUACUGUGGCCCCUUCAGACCAAAAAUCCAGCGAAAUACCCCGUCAGGAACACUUUCAGGCACGAUUGAAUUCAAGUUCCUCGAGAAGGCUGAAAAGGCGUUGGCAACGUUGCACAACCGACCAAUCCCAGAGGUGCCUCAAAAUGUCAUCCUCGUCCUGUCCCCGUAUCCUCCUACGAACCCACCAACACCGCUCCCACCCCCGUCCGCACUGCCGCGCCUCGUCAAGCAGCUGCCCCAAGGCUACACCGAUUCACAGCUCUACGAUCUCUUCAGACCCUACGGCGCCCUCGCCUCAGCCCGUACCCAAACCCCCUUUGGCCCAGACACCGGCAUGGUAGAGUUUUGGAACGAGAACGACGCUCGCACCGCGGAGGAGGCGCUGCACUGCGCAGAGGUCGAAGGGCAGAACAUCGCAGUCCAGAUAUACCAACAACCUAGACGGACCAGCGCAUCCUUCUCUGAAUUCAACCCGUCCGCCGCUGCCUUCGUGCCCUCGGGGUCGUUCUUCAGCCCACCACCUUAUGCUGGACAGGUGAGUGGUAGUAGCCCUUACCGUCCACCGAUGAACCCGUUCACACCGCCGCGCCAGUACUCGCCGCACUCGCCUCCCCGCGGGAGCCCGUAUAGAUCCCCACUCGGCAGCCCCUACCUCAACAAAUCGCCCCUCCCCUUCGUCCACGGGCCCGGCCAGCAGGUCCAGUUCGCCCCCGCGGGUGCCUCGAGUCACAGCGGCCUUAUCGAUCCAUGCAACCUCUUCUGCAAGAAUCUCGAUCCCGAUAUCGAUUCCAACAGCCUCUUCACGCACUUCCGUCGCGUAGGUAUCAUUUUCCACGCGCUUUACGCAUGUUCUGAUGAUGGUUAUAUUUUCCAGUUCGGUCAGAUCGUCAGUGCGCGCGUCAUGCGCAACGAGCAGGGCGAGUCUCGAGGGUUCGGCUUUGUUUCCUUCCAAACGCCAGAGCAAGCAAGUGCUGCUCUGCACGCGAUGAAUGGGGCCCAACUGGGCUCGAAGCAGAUCGUGGUUCGUCUCCACGAGCCAAAACAGCUCAGGCAAGAGAAGCUUGCCCAUCGGUUUGGACAUAACGGUCACCCAAGAAGCGCGAGUGGCGCUACGAGCCCCACCAUCAGCGAAGCGGGUGAUUAUCACCCUGGAUGGGGAAGUCCUCGUGGACACCCCUCCGGAUUGGCUUCCCCUUCAUCCAAGCACCUCUCUGAGAGGACCGAUAGAGCUAGACGCGGUUCUGGGAGUUACUACAAUGCUGCCCGUUCCGGUACACUGAACCUACCCAUGAAGUACGACGAACUGGCAGCAUUGACUCCAGUCGUGAGGAAGGAAGUCCUGACAGGCGAGCUCAACCGCCGCAUCACGGAGAUGAACAUCGUCCCCUCGAACGAGAUCAACGACAUUGUCGAGGGUAUUGCGAACCUCACUCUGAGCGUCGUCGUCCAGACAUUGGAGAACCCCGAUAAGCUGCGAGAGCAAGUGGAGCUGCGAGCGAAGAACUUGACAGUGCCGCGCGAAACGCCAGGCAAGUCCGCAAGCCCCGUUUCCACCUCUCAAGAAUCGAGCACGUCCGAUUUGAACGCUGCCAAUGCAACCGCCAGCGCACCCGAACACCCCUCCACGCCCAUCUCCGUCAGCGCCACCCUUUCCACGCCCCCACGCACCUCCUCGCCCAGCGGCUCGGUCCCGCCCAUGUCCGAACGCGAGCGCAUCUUCGCGGCUGUCAACAAGUUUGAAAACACCCGUCAAAACGAGCUGACAGAGCUGUUGAUGGGUCUACCGAAGAGAGAGCGCGCAAUGUGUUUGUUUAACCCCGAGGUGUUGCGUGUCAAGUUGGUGGAUGCGAAGGCGAUUUUGGAUAGUGAGGAGGAGGAAGAGGAGCAGCAGAAACAGCAACAGGCGGCUGAGCCUGGGAAGGCGUCGUCGCCUGUGAGAGCGUCGGAGGGUACGAACACGGCUGUGCAGUCCCCCGUCACACCCAAGACCAAGGCAAUCAACAAGGUGGAUGACUCGCCUACGACGCCCGACUUGUCCUCCCGCGGUCCCUCGGCCACCGCCUCCCCUCUCCCUGGUACACCCGGCGGUCCAGCUUCCUCAACCACCCACACCAUCGCGUCGCUCGCCAAACUCCCGGCGGCUGAGAUUGUCCGCCUGGCGAAUUUAUCGAGUACGACGGGGCUGCCGCUGCCCAAGGCUGAUCCGUUGGUCGUGCAAGCUACAGACGAGUUCAUUGAUGGGUUGAUGACUCAAACUUUGCUCGUUCAGAAGCAAAAGUUGGGUGAUAAGCUUUACAAGGUUGUCAAGUCGUUUGGGAUCAAGGGUUCUCCCAAGAUCACGAUUGCGUUGUUGGAUAGUGAGGAUUUGCGCGCGUUGGCGCAUUUGAUGAAUAGUUAUCCUGCGGUGCUGAAGGAGAAGGCGCUGAAUCUUGUUGCUCCCAAGUAA